UUUUUAAUCAGAUUAAUAGUUUUUAUUUUAUUUUUUAAAUUUACCUGAGCUGCAAUAAAUCAUACAUGUAGCUAAGCUAUUUUUUCUUGAUUUCUCCCCCUAUUUAUACCAUACUCCAGCGAUCUAACAUCAUAUAUAUUUCUUCAACUUCUCUCUCUCAUCUCUCUUACAUAAAUCUAUCAUUACGAAUCAGAUCCUAAGUGUCAAAAUGUCUGCAUUAUCUAUUUUCUUCUCGAUAUUAUUUUGCUUUCUUUUUUCAUACGGAGCAGCAACACAUAAGAUUAUCAGUUUACCGGAUCAGCCACCGGUAAACUUCAGUCAAUACUCCGGUUACAUCACUGUCGAUGUUAACCACCAGAGGAACCUAUUCUACUAUUUCGUAGAAUCGGAAGUUAACCCAUCAUCAAAACCAGUUAUACUCUGGUUACAUGGAGGGCCUGGGUGUUCUGCCGUAGGAGAAGCUGCUUUCACCCAGCAUGGACCUUUCUUGGUCACUCCCAAGGGUUUGGUCAAAAAUCCCUUCAGCUGGAAUAAAGAGGCAAACGUGAUAUACUUGGAUUCCCCGGCUGGUGUUGGUUUCUCUUAUUCGGCCAACACCUCCGAUUAUAUAUUUCUAAAUGAUGAAUUUGCAGCGAGGGAUCAUCUUGUGUUUCUUGAGCAUUGGUUCGGUGAAUUCUCCAAAUUCAGAACCAAUGACUUUUUUAUAGCCGGGGAAAGCUAUGCAGGACACUUUGCGCCCCAACUUGCGAACCUCAUCCUCCAAACCAAAUCCAAAAUCAAUCUGAAGGGGAUAGCCAUAGGAAAUCCUCUUCUUGAAUUCGACACUGAUUUCAACGCCAUGGGUGAAUUUUUAAAGCUGCAUGGCUUAAUAUCAAAUUCAACCUAUGAAAUGUUGAAUAAUGUGUGUAGUUAUGCAACAAUGAGGAGGCAGCUGAGAGCUACUGGUAAAUUAAGUACCAGUUGUUUUCAAAUUAAUAUCCAAAUGGAAAAAGAGAUCGAUGGUUAUAUCGACAUAUUCAACAUUUUGGCUGAUCUUUGUCCAGUGCCACCGGAAAAACAAGCAUAUUUGUUGGCUAAAGAGAGAGCUGGAGUGAAGACCAAUGCAUGCAUACGAGAUGACUCGUUCGCAUACCUGAAUCGGAAAGAUGUACAGUCAGCUCUUCACGCCAAGCUUGUAGGGGUCAAAGUUUGGUCAACAUGCAGUGGGGUUCUUGUGUAUGACUUCCAAAACCUUGAAAAUCCAACCAUAUAUUUGCUAGGAACACUUGUUAAGGCAGGUGUUAGGGUACUAGCAUAUAGUGGUGACCAGGAUGCAGUCAUUCCAUUUAUUGCGACAGAGUCUUUAAUAUAUGGAUUGGCUAGAGAUUUAGGGUUGAACAUAACAAGACACCAUGAGGCUUGGUUUCAGGGAGGUCAGGUUGCUGGAUGGACCCAAGUAUAUGGGAACAUUCUAACUUUUGCAACAGUAAGGGGAGCAGGUCAUUCAACUCCAUUAUCUCAACCUGAGAGAUCUUUGGAGAUGCUCAAAGCUUUUCUCAAAGGAAAACCACUCCCAAAAAGACCUCCCUUUCCAAUUAAGAAAGGGCUCACUUCGCACUCUAGAAUUUGAAGAUAUAAUGUUCUUUUUUUAUGUAGACAUUCUAAUGUUUUUUGUAUGUUAUUUUUGAUGUGGAUAUUUUAUUUUCAACAUUUUA